UGCGACAAGCAGACAGAUCGAAAAGCUGAUGACUGAGAUGCCGGGAUAUGAAAGAAGACGAAGAAAGACGUUGUGAUCGAGCGGAAGCACUUGCUGAGAAACUGGGGCUGUCCCGCGGCCAGCUAGUGGUUAGACGUCGGCCAGCAGCAAGGGAGGAGCCGGCAUGUCCGACAGCGACAACCCCGCUCCAGAGGCUUGCGGUGCGGAAAGCCCAGAGUCAAGGGCUCUUGCUUUGCCUACGUCCACGUUCAUUUCUGCAUCGGCGGUGGCUCAUCUGUUAACGUGCCUCGUUUGCAUCGACUUCGUUCUGCCGCCCUUCGUGCAGUGCGAGAACGGCCACCUGAUGUGCUCGCGGUGCCGAGAGCAGCACGACCGCUGCGUGGCCUGCUUAAGCCCCAUCGGCAACGUCCGGAACCUGGCCUUGGAGCAUGUGGUCAGCAUGGCGCUGUUCCCGUGCGAGUAUUCGGGCAAGGGCUGUCCAGCGCUGCUGGCCUACCCGGAGAAGCCCGGACACGACGACGACUGCCAGUACACGCCGUGCCGGUGCCCUGCAGGUCCCGAAGGGUAUUGUGCGUGGCGCGGCCUCCUGAAAGAUGUAAUGACCCACCUGAAUCGCUCGCACCGGGGUAUAGGUACCCUCAAAGGAGAGACCAUAGUUUUCCGAGCGGUGAGGAUCGAAAGGCCUGCACCCAUCCUCUGGGUAACCCGACAGUCGUGCUUGGGCCACCACUUUCUUGUGGCGCUGAAAAAGGAAGAGAAUCGCGGCCGCCACCAGUUCCUUGCCGAAGUGCGGCUGGUCGGCUCCCGCAGGCAGGCCGACAACUUCAUCUACCGCCUCAAGUUGGCCAGUCCCGCGCGAACGCUCACCUGGGAAGCCCCGACCCGCAGCGUCUGCGAUUGCGUCGACGGGGCGGAUAUGAGCCACGGCUGUCUCGUCUUCAAUGACUGCAUCGCCCAGAGGUUUGCCUACCAGAUGGUCCUCAGCAUUCACGUCACCAUCUGGAAGCCCUGAUUCUACGUACUGGGUGAACUAUAUACUGUCGCACUCAGCGCU